GUCCCCCAAAAAAGCGUCCGCUCCGGUUGCCCCCCGUGAACCGAUAAUCAAAAAGGUCUUCUUCGUGAUACUGUAAUCAAUCCUAUCCAUAAAAUCCUUCUCCCGUGCCCCAAGAAUCCUUCCAUUGCCUUCCAAAUGGCUUCUCUCCACCCUCUCCACUCUUCUCUCCCCAAAAACCACCACGAAAUCCUCCUUCUCCGCCUCCCUUCCCGCCGCCUCUCCCCGCCAAUGCCGAGACCACGCCGCUAUUUCCCCUUCCCCUCUCGUCGCCUCUCUUGCCGCAGCUUCAGCAGCAGCAGCCCCUCAGUUGAAAGGGUAGAGGAGGAGAAGCGCAAGGCCUCCGGAAAGCGCCGGAGGGUCCAUAUCCGGGUGCGCCUCGACCACCAGGUCGAGUUCGGGGAGCAGGUUGCCGUCCUCGGCUCCACGAAAGAGCUCGGGUUGUGGAAGAAGCAGGUCCCGAUGGAUUGGACGCCGGAGGGGUGGGUCUGCGAGCUCGAGCUUUGCGGUGGAGAAGUGCUUGAGUAUAAAUUUGUGAUUUUGAUGAAAGGAAGGAAGGGUAUGAUAUGGGAGGAUGGAGAUAACCGGGUUUUAAAGCUCCCUGAGGAAGGGAUGUUUGAUAUGGUCUGUCGCUGGAACAAGACUGGCGAGGCUGUGGAUCUUUCGGGGGCUGCUACUGAUGAGGUGGUUGAGGAAUUGGACAGUGAAAAUGGUGGAGGUGCACCUGCAAGUGAAGAUGGUGGCGUUGUUUCAGAAUUGGAGCCGAGCCCUUUUGCCGAGCAGUGGCAAGGCAGGGCAGCUUCAUUCAUGAGGUCUAACGAGCAUAAGAGCUGGGAGGCUGAGAGGAGAUGGGACACUGAUGGGCUUGAUGGUGUUGUGUUGAAGUUGGUGGAGGGUGAUCGGGUCGCCAGGAAUUGGUGGCGCAAGCUGGAGGUUGUACGUGAACUAUUGAUGGAAAAUAUUAAAGGAGGUUGCCUAGAAGCCCUCAUAUAUUCUGCUAUAUACCUGAAGUGGAUCAACACGGGUCAGAUACCCUGCUUUGAAGAUGGAGGUCAUCGUCGGCCAAACAGACAUGCUGAAAUUUCUAGGCUUAUAUUUCGUGAGCUUGAGUGGAUAUACUAUGGUAAAAAUACGUCACCACAGGAUUUACUUGUGAUCCGGAAAAUUCACCCUUGCCUUCCUUCAUUCAAAUCAGAGUUUACUGCUUCUGUUCCUCUAACACGAAUUCGUGAUAUUGCUCACCGCAGUGAUAUUCCUCACAAUCUGAAGCAAGAAAUUAAACAUACAAUACAAAACAAGCUUCACCGAAAUGCUGGUCCAGAAGACUUGAUUGCUACGGAAGCCAUGCUUGCUAAGAUUACCAAGACUCCUGGAGAAUACAGUGAAGCAUUUAUCGAACAGUUCAAAAUAUUUCACCAUGAACUUAAAGAUUUUUUCAAUGCUGGGAGCCUUACUGAACAGCUGGAGUCAAUGAAAGAAUCUUUGGAUGAGCAUAAUUUACAAGCUGUUGCCAUGUUUUUGGAAUGCAAAAAGAGUUUGGAGCAGCUGGAGGAAGCAGACAAUUUCAUUGGAAAUAGUAGUGGGGUUGAAUUUUUGAUGAGAACCCUGCAAUCUUUGACUACUGUAAGGUCACAGAUCAUGAAAGGUCUUGAAAGUGGUCUUAGAAAUGAUGCUCCUGAUGCUGCUAUAGCAAUGCGUCAAAAAUGGCGUCUAUGUGAAAUUGGCCUAGAGGAUUACUCUUUUGUUCUUUUGAGCAGAUUCCUUAAUGCUCUUGAAGCUUUGGGAGGGUCAUCUUGGCUUGCACAAAAUGUAGGAUCAAAAAACAUCAGUCCUUGGAAUCAUCCUCUUGGUGCCCUUAUCAUUGGCAUUCGCCAGGUUGGCCUUUCCGGUUGGAAAUCAGAAGAGUGCACUGCUAUAGAGAGUGAGUUUUUCUCAUGGCUACAAAAGGGUUUACAUGAAAGAGAAGGCAAUGAAGAUGGAAAAUAUAUAUGGGCACUAAGGCUCAAGGCUACUCUUGACAGAGCAAGGAGGUUAACAGAAGAAUAUUCUGACGCACUUAUUCAGAUUUUUCCUGACAGAGUCCAGAAACUAGGGAAAGCCCUUGGAAUCCCAGAGAACAGUGUAAGAACAUACACUGAAGCAGAAAUUCGUGCAGGUGUUAUUUUUCAGGUUUCAAAACUCUGUACUCUUCUUUUAAAAGCCAUACGGUUGGCGUUGGGAUCUUCAGGCUGGGAUGUUCUUGUCCCUGGGGUGGCUAGUGGUACAUUUCUACAGGUAGAAAGCAUCGUUCCGGGUUCCUUGCCUUCAUCUAUUAAAGGACCUCUUAUCCUGGUAGUAAAUAAAGCUGAUGGAGAUGAAGAGGUUAAGGCAGCUGGAGAUAACAUUGUCGGGGUUGUACUUCUACAAGAGCUACCACACCUUUCACAUCUUGGUGUUAGGGCCCGACAAGAGAAGGUGAUUCUUGUGACAUGUGAAGAUGAUGAUAAAAUUGCUGAUAUCCAAAUGCUUGAACGGAAAUUUGUGAGGUUGGAAGCAUCAGCUUCUCAUGUUGAUUUAUCAACCUUAUCAUCUAAAGAUAACAAAGAGGUUUUACCUCAAAAUUUAUCAAGUAAUGGAGCUUCACGUGAGGAGGAAUUCACAAAAUUACUUUCUUCACUGCCUGCUGCUAGUGCAACUUACGUGAGUAAGCAAAAUGGAUAUUCCUAUAGUAGAAGUACUACUACUGUUCUAGAGCUUUCCCAAGCAACCACUGAAUUAUCUGGUGCUAAAGCUGCUUCAUGUGGUCGGCUUGCAAGUCUAGCAGCACUUUCUGAGAAAGUUUACAGUGACCAAGGAGUUCCCACUUCAUUCCAUGUACCCUCCGGUGCAGUAAUUCCCUUUGGGUCAAUGGAGUCAGCACUUGAGAAGAAUGGUUCAUUGGAAUCAUUUCUAUCCCUGGUAGAACAGAUAGAGACUGCCAAACUUGAAAAUGGUGUCCUUGAUAAAUUAUGCUCCAAGCUUCAAGCAUUGGUUUCAGCCCAAUGCCCAUCUAAUGAAACUAUUGAAGCUAUUGCCAAAAUCCUUCCAAAUAAUGCUCGCCUUAUAGUAAGGUCCAGUGCCAAUGUUGAAGACUUAGCUGGUAUGUCUGCUGCAGGAUUGUAUGAAUCAGUCCCAAAUGUCAGCCUUUCGAACCAGAGUGUUUUCAGAGCUGCUGUGGGCCGGGUAUGGGCUUCCCUCUACACUAGAAGAGCCAUUCUAAGCCGCCGGGCAGCUGGUGUACCCCAGAAAGAUGCUAUGAUGGCUGUUUUGGUGCAAGAGAUGCUGUACCCAAAUCUCUCCUUUGUGCUCCACACAGUCUGCCCAACAGACCACGACCCCACACUUGUUGAAGCUGAGAUUGCACCUGGGCUUGGUGAAACACUUGCAUCAGGUACACGUGGCACUCCAUGGCGGCUUUCAUCAGGGAAGUUCAAUGGCAGAGUUAAGACCUUGGCCUUUGCAAACUUUAGUGAGGAACUUUUGGUGCUCAGUGCUGGCCCUGCUAAUGGAGAAGUCAUCCAUCUAACUGUGGACUACAGUAAGAAACCAUUAACCAUAGACUCCAUCUUCAGGAGACAGCUUGGCCAGCGCCUCUGUUCCAUUGGCUUCUUUCUUGAGCAGAAAUUUGGGUGCCCGCAAGAUGUUGAAGGGUGUGUGGUUGGUAAAGACAUUUUUAUAGUCCAAACAAGACCCCAGCCAUGACAAAGUUGAUCACCUUUUAUACAAUUGCCUACUUGCAAUUGUGACCUUUUGCAGUAAGGUUGGACGUGAGGCAUCUGUUGCCAACAAUCUUUCAGCCACCACUCUGUACUUCAGCAUGGAUCCUAGGUCUGUACUGGACUAUCUUACAGGAAUUCAGUCGGAGUUUUAAUGCUCUUAUAUCUUCAGUUGCAUUCUUCUUGUUUUUUCACACCGCUGCAUGGCUGCGGUGCCUUCUUUCUCUUGUUGAGAUGCCUAUUCUAAGUAGGGAUAAUAAUAAUUUUCUGACUUGUGAGCAGUUUCAGAUCACUAUUCAUGCCAUCUAUCAAUCAAGAACAAUGUAUGAAAUUGCGAGUGGUGCUACAGAAUUCAUUGAUUAUUUGCCCUUAAUUUGUAUGCCUUUGGUCUUAGUGGACCAAAAUUUA